CCACAAGUAUGUCAAGUGGGAGAACGAUCCACAUUAUGUUUUAUUGCUAAUUGCAUUUAGAAAUGGAUCUUAAAGUAUUUUUCAUUCAAACGGAAAUCGCACGUCGCCGUUUCCUGGGAUGUUUUCCGUCUCUCUGCAGUCGACGCUUCAAAAAACUUUGAGCUAAGUUUGCUCGAAUGUUUUAAGAGCUUUGAAAUACUUAUGAAUUGAUAAGAAUUUGAGGCAGGCAACUCGCCUAACUCGCACUAUAUUAGUAUAAUUUUAGCAAGCUAAUUGUGAACACGACUCAAAACAAAUUACAAAUGGGUCUAUGUGAGCUGAGCAUUUGCUUCAGUAUUUUGAAACUGAUUUUGCAUCUUCCUUGCACCACUGCGUAUUUUCCUAACUAUCAGGAAUACGACCCCGCCCAGCGAUAUGGCCCCGGGGCUCGGAGACCCGUUGGUCAUGAUCAAAGCCCAUACGGUCGCGGCUACGUGGACAACCGACAGAAUUCGUACAAUCGACCCGAAGGUGUUAACUUUGAAGACUCCAGACUAUUGGAUGAGCAGCCAAAGAGUCGUCAAUACUUAAUCCGCGAACAUGAAACUUUGUCCGACAAACAGACUCACAAGUGCCGCUUUUGGGUGCCACCGGAGGUCAUCGACAAGUAUCCCAACGCAACCAUCACCCAGGUGGACAACAAAAACCGGCUGUCGAUGAUAGAGGCCUGCUGUACGGGCUACUCGACUAUCCGACUCUUGGGGGUGACCGUUUGUCGACCCAAGUGCGGGUGCCAGAACGGGAGCUGUCGGGCGCCUGGGGAGUGUGAGUGCUACGAGGGCUUCGUCCGGAACGACAACGGGGACUGCGUAUUCGCCUGUCCGUUGGGGUGCCAAAACGGGCGCUGCUACCUCGACGGUAGUUGCCAAUGUGAUCCGGGCUACAAGCUGGACGAGAGCCGACGCUUCUGCCGGCCCAUUUGCAGCAAUGGAUGCGGCAGUAGUCCACGGCACAACUGCACUGAACCGGAGGUCUGCGGCUGCUCCAAGGGUUACCAACUAACGGACGACGGGUGCCAACCCGUCUGCGAUCCCGAGUGUGGAAUCGGAGGCCUCUGUAAGGACAACAACCAGUGCGACUGCGGAUCAGGCUACAAUCUUAAGGACGGCGUGUGCCAGGCUGAUUGCUAUCAAAGGUGCCACAACGGCGUCUGCGUAAGCCGCAAUCGGUGCAUCUGCGAUCCCGGCUUUACUUACCACGAGCAAUCCUCCAUGUGUGUUCCCAUCUAGGCACUCAAUUUUUAUAAGAACUUUAAUUAGUUAUGGUUGAUAAAGCUUGGUAUAUUUACUAUCCUUGAUAUAU